CGGUGGCAUUUUUAUAUUGCACUUCUCUUGCAUAAUUUCAUUUGCUAUUCCACUUAAAUAUAUCAUGACCGGAAGCCUUGGUGGAAAUUUGGACCAUGUUUUCUGAACCUUUUAACUACAUUACUUCCGUUUUCCGUGAUCUUAUAGGAAAUAAUCCCAAUAAUGAAGAGUCUCCUGAACACGAGGAUCUGUCUUCUGAGCGAACGCUGUCACGUAAUCGCUCACAAUCACGUGACAAAGUGUCGUCUGCAAGUGCUGCAGCGACGCAGACUCAGACCACGAUAGAAAUGCAGGAACUGAAUGCAUCUAAACUAAGGGAGGCAACUGUUGUAAGAGACGCUGAGUAUGAGGAAAGAGUUAAUGAAAUGUUAGCAGAAGUUACGAGUAGGGAAACUGGAUAUUCCUCCGAUACAGAUAGCUAUGAAAAUAUUUCUAUACAUUAUAACGAUACAGAUGAACCAGUUAUCAGUCGUGACACGUUUGAAAGAGGAAGCGGUCCUAGACACCGAAAUGUUUCUUCUCGACGAGAACUUACAGCAGACGAAAUUCAAAUAGAGUAUGAGUCACGUGACCGCUUAUCGCCAGGUGUAAAUGUAACGCGAAAUGACAUGGGGAGUAAUGCUUCAUCUACUCUGGCCACUGUUAGAAGACCAGAGGAGACAUUAUUGAAGGACAAUUCUAACAAUAUGCAUUCAAAUGACGCCAGGGGUGCAACUAAUAUGGGUUUCGAGGAUGGUGAAAACGAGGCAGCUCAAAACAAUCUUGAGGAGCUUGAUGUUAUAAAACCUCUUCCGAACAUAGCGUCGGUUUCAAACAUUUUUAUGGAGCUCAAAACAGGUAGAAAUAAUUCAGGCAGUCCGGAAUUAAAUUCCAAUUUGCAAUCGCAAGUACCGAAGCGUAGAUUUAGCGCCGCAGCUGAAUGGACAAAAUUGGCAGAAAAUAAGGCUGUUCUAGCAUCUGGCAGCUCGACCACAAGUUUUCUUUCAACAAACCCCACUGUUGCUGCCCGACUGACUGAAUCAUAUCAGCGUGCACAGAAAAGGGUCGAGUCAAGACGGCCAUCUCUUUAUUCCAUUGUACGCAAAAUUCAUGCGGAGAAAUUAGCCAGAAAACUUCGGGCCUUUAUAGACCAUAACGCUGACUCAUCGUUCCAGUUUAAACAACCAAAGUAUUACAUGCAGGACUCUAGCUCUAGUGACGAUGAAUUCGUACCACGUGACCCAUACAGCACAGUGUUAAGGAAACGGAAGUGGUAUGAGCGUAAACCGAAAUCAGGGACGGAAAGAUUAAUGCAAACCAAAUUCUUUGCCAAUGCGAGAUUACGGUAUAAAGCCCGCACUAUGAUCGGUGCGGCGGGGAGUCGCCACCAGCGGCGCAGGGCGUCGCUGGCUGUGUCGGCGCUCAGUGGCAGCAGCAUGUAUAGUCCCAUGGAGCAAUUACGAGAGCUCGAUGAAAAUGGGCCCCGGCCGCCCCCAAGUCGGCGCCGUGCUUGUGACACUUCUGAUUUUAAAUCUUGUGCAAUUCUUCAAACAAGACUUAAGGAAGUUAAACGCUACCCCGAAAUGGCGUCUUUCACUGGAAUGAAUAGAGACGAAGACAUGACUGGACCCGUGGAUGGAACGCUGGGUCAGGCGACCAGCAGGGCCGCACACCUUAGUCUUCCUGGAUUUGGGAAUUCAAAUACCCGAUCCCUGUUUAUUUUCAGCGAAGAAAACUUUAUACGGAAGUAUGCGAAGAUCAUAAUAGAAUGGGGGCCGUUCGAGUAUAUGGUGCUACUUACUAUCAUCGCUAACUGUGUCGUAUUAGGCCUAGAAGAACAUUUACCACAGAACGACAAAACACCUCUAGCUGAAAAGCUGGAGAAGACAGAAUUGUACUUUUUGAUUAUAUUUUGUGUAGAGGCUUUACUAAAGAUCGUAGCAUUAGGUUUUAUAUUACAUCGUGGUUCAUAUCUACGCAACGUUUGGAACAUCAUGGAUUUUGUAGUUGUAGUAACAGGGUUCAUUACCAUAGCAGCCACUAGUACAUUAGAUUUACGGACUUUGAGAGCAGUCCGUGUGUUACGUCCCCUUAAACUGGUGUCGGGUAUACCAAGUUUACAGGUGGUACUGAAGUCAAUCAUACGGGCUAUGGCACCCCUGCUUCAAGUUUGCCUUCUAGUUUUCUUCGCUAUCAUCAUGUUCGCCAUUAUAGGGUUGGAAAUUUACAAUGGUGCAUUCCACUUUGCAUGCUAUAAACGAGAUGCUCAGCAUAGUAACGAUGAAGAUGAUAUAUAUGUAGGAGAAGAGGAUAGCAUUAGACCUUGUAGUUCUAAAAACAUAGGUAGUGGAUAUAAUUUAGGUGGUUUUCGAUGCCAAGAAAACGUUUCAGAAUGCCGCCCAUAUUGGCGCGGCCCGAACUAUGGCAUUACUAGUUUUGAUAAUAUUGGAUAUGCAAUGUUAACUGUUUUUCAAUGUUUUACAAUGGAAGGAUGGACUACUAUUCUGUAUAAUACAAAUGAUGCGUGUGGAAAGUAUUUCAACUGGAUUUAUUUCUAUCCUCUUAUAAUUCUUGGGUCAUUCUUUAUGCUCAAUUUAGUGCUUGGAGUUCUCAGUGGUGAAUUUGCCAAAGAAAGAGAAAGAGUAGAAAAUCGUAGAGCAUUUUUCAAAUUACGCCGAAGGCAGCAACUUGACAGAGAGCUAAAUGGUUAUCUGGAGUGGAUUUGUAAAGCAGAGGAAGUCAUUUUAAAUGAAGAAAGAACAACAGACGAAGAGAAGAUAAAAAUAAUAGAAGCUAAAUUAAAGAAAGAGCUCGAGGAAGACGAAGCUCGGCGGCGGGCGGCGGCUAGAAAGAUGAAACAAUUGCAGGACGGAAAAUACAACGACGACGAUAAUGAUGAUAAUAAUGAUGAUGAUUUACUAGGAGAUUUAAAUAUAGGAAACGCCCUUGGCAAGAAUUUCCGUGGAAAGAAGAAUACAGGGAAAUAUGCCGCAUUUUGGAAGGCAGAAAAACGAUUAAGAUAUGCUGUUCGUCGGGCAAUCAAAAGUCAAGCAUUUUAUUGGACUGUGAUAAUUCUCGUUCUUUUAAACACCCUUUCCGUGGCCUCAGAACACUACGGUCAACCGCAGUGGCAUACACAAUUUUUAUACAUUACAGAAUUUUUAUUUCUGGGUCUUUUUAUGAUGGAGAUGAUUAUCAAAAUGUAUGGUCUCGGUGUUCGUAUCUAUUUCCAGUCUUCGUUUAAUAUAUUUGACUGUGUUGUAAUUGUUGGAAGUAUAUUUGAAGUUAUAUGGUCAGAGUUUAAAGAGGGUGCAUCGUUUGGUAUUAGUACCCUUCGUGCUCUACGACUGCUCAGAAUAUUCAAGGUCACAAGAUAUUGGUCAUCGUUACGUAAUCUAGUAAUCUCGUUGUUACAUUCGAUGAGGUCAAUCAUCAGUCUCUUAUUCCUACUCUUCUUAUUCAUCCUCAUAUUUGCCUUACUCGGGAUGCAGUUAUUCGGAGGAGAAAUGAACUUUGAGGAAGGGCGUCCCGCUUCCCACUUCGAUACAUUCCCUAUUGCUCUGCUGACGGUAUUCCAGAUAUUGACUGGAGAAGACUGGAAUGAAGUCAUGUAUUCGGGUAUACGAUCAGGCGGUGGUAUAGAGGGUUACGGCAUGUUGUUCUCGUCAUAUUUUAUCAUUCUCGUUGUCUUUGGCAACUACACACUGCUGAAUGUAUUCUUGGCUAUUGCUGUUGACAAUUUAGCCAAUGCACAAGAGUUAACCGCCGAUGAGGAAGAUUCCGAGGUUGCACGCGAAGAGAUAAUCAGCAUGUUGAACGAAUCGGUGUCCAUGAAUCUGCGCAUGGACGAGAUUGGCAAGGCAAUGGAAAAUCAUUUUGGUACACAACCCGGUGGGGGUCCACCACCUAUAAACAUCUGCCCUCCGUCUCCACAAAAUAAUGAUGAGACGAAAAUCGGAACCUUUGCAUAUAUAUCUUUCAGUAACGCCAAGCACGACACUAAUCUAAGUCAGAACAAUCUAAAAGAUAACCUCAACAAAGAAGUAACAGUGACAAUGCGCAGUGGUGCUAUACCAAACAGAAACCGAGACGAUGAAUCAGUGAGAAGUAGCAGUAUUGACUUGCCAAGACAAAACACUAAUACGAGCCAAGAUGAACCAGGAUUUGGCCAACCAAAACCUAUGUUACCAUACAGUUCUAUGUUUAUUUUUGGGCCUACAAAUCCAAUACGUCGAUUCUGUCAUUUUGUUGUGAACCUGCGUUACUUUGACCUGUUCAUCAUGGUGGUCAUCAGUGCAAGUAGUAUAGCUCUAGCAGCCGAAGAUCCAGUUGACGAACAAUCAGAACAUAAUAAAAUACUGAACUACUUUGAUUACGUUUUUACUGGCGUGUUCACGAUAGAACUUAUUUUGAAGAUUGUUGACCUAGGUAUCAUUCUUCACCCAAGAGCAUACUGUCGAGACCCAUGGAACAUCCUAGAUGCCACCGUAGUUAUUUGUGCCCUCGUUGCCUUCUUUUUCACCAAAUCGAACAUGCUUAGCGACAGCGCAGGGAAGAAUUUAAAUACAAUCAAAUCGCUAAGAGUUUUGAGAGUGCUACGACCAUUAAAAACCAUUAACCGAGUUCCAAAACUCAAGGCUGUCUUCGAUUGUGUUGUGAACUCACUGAAGAACGUGUCUAACAUACUUAUCGUUUAUAUGUUGUUCCAAUUCAUCUUCGCCGUCAUCGCUGUACAGUUGUUUAAAGGGAAAUUUUUCUAUUGUACCGACGAAUCAAAAGAAACACGUGAGGAAUGCAAAGGACAGUACUUUUCCUAUGAAGACGGUCCUGAUUCACCUAAAGUUGAAGAACGAUUGUGGGCCCGACAAGACUUCCAUUAUGAUAAUGUUAUGUAUGCCAUGUUAACAUUGUUUACCGUAACAACUGGAGAAGGAUGGCCAGCUGUAUUGAAGAAUUCCAUGGACUCUACGUUUGUUGACCAAGGACCGCAGCCUAACUACCACAUGGAAAUGGCCGUGUUUUAUGUCGUCUUCUUUAUUGUAUUUCCGUUUUUCUUCGUCAAUAUCUUCGUAGCUCUUAUUAUCAUUACAUUCCAAGAACAAGGAGAAAGCGAUCUUGGUGAUCAAGAUUUAGAUAAAAAUCAAAAACAAUGCAUUGACUUUACAAUGAAUGCUAAACCGCUGUGUCGAUUUAUGCCAAAGAAUAAAGGGUCUUUCAAAUAUCGUGUUUGGAAAUUGGUAGUUUCCACAAAGUUUGAAUAUUUAGUCAUGACACUUAUAGCCUUAAAUACAGUGGUUCUUAUGAUGAAGUUUAAUAAUCAGCAAGACUUUGAGAAUAAGUUUCGGGAGCGGUCGACAGAGAACGGACAUACUUCAAUCACUGACCAAGGGUCAUUCUAUGAGAAGGUUCUCAUAUCUAUAAAUAUAAUCUUCACGGUGCUAUUUACGAUUGAAUGUAUUCUAAAACUAUUGGCGUUUGGGAUUAAGAAUUAUUUCCGUGAUGCCUGGAAUAUAUUUGACUUUGUCACCGUGUUAGGGAGCAUCUUGGACGUGAUGAUAAAUGAGUUUGGGGACCGGGUUGCAGAAAUGGUAACAGGGGAAGAACAGGGAGAUUAUGUUGGGUUGAAUGUCGGCAUCUUCAGGUUGUUCCGUGCAGCUAGACUGGUUAAGCUCCUACGUCAAGGAUACACAAUAAGAUUACUUCUUUGGACAUUUUUACAAUCAUUUAAGGCCCUGCCUUACGUAUGUCUGCUCAUUCUAAUGCUGUUCUUCAUCUUCGCUAUCAUCGGCAUGCAAAUAUUCGGCAAUAUUAAACUUGACUCUGAGACUGACAUCAACAGGCAUAACAACUUCAGGAGUUUCUUUCAAGCUCUCAUGUUAUUAUUCAGAUGCGCUACAGGAGAAAACUGGCAGCAGAUAAUGUUAUCUUGUCUCAGUAACACAGCAUGUGACCCAUUGUCUGACAUGGGAACCAAUGAAUGCGGCCUUGAUCUUGCUUAUGGAUAUUUUGUUUCAUUUAUAUUUCUCUGUUCUUUUCUUAUGUUGAAUUUAUUUGUUGCCGUUAUCAUGGACAACUUUGACUAUCUGACACGUGACAGCUCUAUUCUUGGUCCGCAUCAUUUAGACGAAUACACGCGUGUCUGGGCCGAGUACGAUCCAGGUGCCACUGGACGUAUACAGUAUACGGAUAUGUACGACAUGUUACGGAACAUGGAACCUCCUGUCGGAUUUGGCAAGAAGUGCCCAUAUAGACUUGCAUACCGUAAACUUAUUAGAAUGAAUAUGUCGGUUGCAAUGGACGGAACUGUGCAUUUUACAACAACAUUGUUCGCUCUUAUUCGGGAGUCAUUGGGAAUAAAAACGUCCAUUACUGAAGAGAUGGACAAGAAGGAUGAAGAAAUGCGAGAUGUUAUACAGCGUCUAUGGCCAGUUCAAGCUAAAAAGCUUAUAGAUUUACUAGUUCCGCCGAAGGAAGAAUUAAACGAGGGUAAAAUGACUGUAGGAAAGAUUUAUGUCGGUCUCCUUAUUGCUGAAAACUGGAAAGCAUACAAAGCUAGUCAGCUGAAUGGACAAACAACAAGAAAGGAAGUCUUGGAAGAGCCGCCCGACAACGACGAGAUCGACUAUAAUAUUCCGUUGCUUGCUGAAUUUGACCAGCGACCGCCAUCUUUGUUCCAACGUCUCAUGGGUGUCAUGCGCACACCGUCGGGUCGCUCGAGCCAAAGCAUUGACUCUGAUCAUUCAGGGGAUGAAGACACUCAUAGUUUCCUUCGGCGGAAUAGCAGCAAACGUCGAAAUAGAGGUGGGAGCGGACAUGAGUUAGGAAGUUUACAGACUCGAUACAUACGUUAUGGAGGACUCCACGGGUAUAUUAAUGACUCGUACUCGACCGACGAUGCUGAAAGUACACCAGAUGAUAGGUCAUCUGGUAUUUACAUUGUAUCAGACCAUUAUAAGUCAUUGGAUAAGCACCACGAUUUUUCACAUGGUCUCCGACCAGAACAUGCUGGCCACGGUAUACCAAGACCAAACUCUGAGAAUAGUCAUAUUGGACAACAGACUCCCUCAUUGCCUACUACUCCCGUCUCCCCAAGAUCUCCACUACUGAACCACAGAAGCCCCUUUGAAUCCCCAGCAACCUCACCCGGUCCGUUUAGAAGGUCAACAUCCCCAAGAAGAAAUCAGAUUGAUGUCGGAUUUGCCUCUGCUGUUGCAAACAUAUGUGAACAAGCACAUGAGAUAGUUGAGCAAGAGCGUAGAAAACAUAAAGUUCCGGCAAGACAUGAAGAUAGUAUAAGCAUACCGAAUUCACCACAGUUACGUAGCAGACCACGACUCAAACAGCAACGGCCACCUUUGAUGCCUCAACCACAUGUUAUGGGUUCUCCCCUACCUAGUCCACAGCCACGCAUUAGAUCGGAAAUGUAUCGUUCUACAUCUUUAGAAACGAGAUCUAGAUCGCCGUCACCUAAUCCCACCCCAUCGUCUACACCUAUGAAUGAGUAUUACGGAGGCUCUAACCUUACUGAUCGUUCACGGAGUCCAACACCUGUGAGUAGUCCUGUGAAUACGCCACCCAAACGUUCGACACGGAAGUUACCUACGGCUCCAGUACAGCCCACCAAGCCUUCAACGCUGAAUCUUGCUCAACCUAAGCUCAAAGAGAACAUGCCGCGUGUAAUGCCUUCCCCCACUAUCCGUCAGCCUUCCAAAAGCCCUGGAAGUAUUAACUUUCCAAGAUUGAAUACUUCUCCAACACGCAAACCUAAGUUAAAUAUAGCCCCUGUUCCGCAUAAUAUUCCCCCGCCAGGAAAGCUUGGACGUCCCGAACCUUACAGUCCAACUGAAAGAAACAAUUUGAAUAAGAUAAGUGACCCGAGAGAUAGACCUGGUCAAACUAGAUCACUCCCGGGUCAUUACAGUAGGCGACCAAAUGUGCCACCGAACGAUAAUGGACAUCGUGUUUCACGUCAUUCACCUGACUUUAAUAGAAUGCGUGAAAAUGAAAGAACUAGACAUCCACCUAGUAGACAUUUUGAUGAACCUAGGCAUGCUCCUAGUAGACAUGUCGAAGAAUCUAAUCAUGGAGCCAGUCCUGUGAGAGGCCGUAUUGAUAGAUCACGUGACCGGAUGCAUUCAAAUCCAAAUCAUAAUAAUCAAGGAAACGAACCAUCUCGGACUGUAAGACAGCCUGCAAGUGUUCCGAAUGGAUUUAAAAGUAGAAAUGGAAAUAGAAAACAAGAUAAAAUGGAACUAAGAAGUGAUAGCAAUGUUCCUUUGACUAAUGAUUCGGAUGAUGAUGAUGAAGAUUGGUGUUAAAGUGUUUCAUUUAUAGUAAUUUUAAUUGGUGUUUAUUAUUUCCAAAACAUAAGUUACAAACUUAAAGAUGUUUUGUACUGCCAGAAAACUUAUCACAGCAUUUUUAAAAUAAUAUUCACCAUGUAGUACAUACAUCGUUUCAGUUCAAUGCUUUUGCUCAAACAUGAACCAUUCUGUCAGACUUGUAUUGCAAAAGACCCCAAUGUGUCAUUUCCGGUAAAGCUAUAAAUAGGAGACUCCAAUGUGUCAUUGCCGGUGAAGCUAUAAAUAGGAGUAUUCAAUGUGUCAUUUCCGGUAAAGCUAUAAAUAGGAGUCUCCAAAGUGUCAUUGUCCUUGAAGCUAUAAUUAGGAGUCUCGUAUUACCAUUUAUAACGCCAAAGUGAACAUAUUUGAAUAACUUUGAUUCCUGAUAGGUGUCAAUUUAAACAGCUUUGGCUCUUUACCAAUUGGGGACUGUAAGAACCAUUUUAAAUGGUAUCCAGUAAUAACUUCUUUAAUAUUGCAACCGUAAAAAUUGUUUGAAGUAUGUGUUUUCUUUAUAGAUGUUUUUUUAUUUACCUCACUUACAAAUAUCCCUUUGGCAGGUAUUGUACCUUUGGUUGGUAUUUCUAUAGCAUUGUUACUCAUUUCUUGUUUAAUUGAAGUUGUUGCAUUUUAAUUCUAUGAAUUUAUGUAGUUAAAAUUUUAUAUACUGUUAUACUUGUGAUUGUCAAAAAAGUAAACAAAUAAAUUUUGUCAGUUUUAUAUAAUUGUUUACGAUAAUAAAGUAAUAUAUGUUGAAUUAUAUGUUAUUGAUAAAGUUAAAAGUGUGUUUGUUUAAAGGAGCAUAUGUUUAAUUUAGUAUUUGUUGUGUUAUUGAUCGGAGUUCGAAUAAAUAAACACAUUUUUUCACAAACGUGGAAUUGAUGUAAAGACCACAGACUGUUACAAAGAAGCAGUUAUUGUCUUCAAUCUAGAAUCUAAUAACAAUAUUUUAUGUAUAUAUUGAAUACUAUUUGUGUUUAAUUAUUAUUAUUUUUUAUUUAUGUUUAUCAUGAAAUUAAAGGUAUGCUCCUUUAGAAUAUGUAUGUAUAUAUAAUAAUCAUGUUUAUUGUCAGUGCAUUGGUACAAAUGUUAAGAGAUUAAAAUAUGACAUUUGCGUGCAUUAAGUUAUGAAUGUAAAAAUCAAAGUCAAUUUAGUAAUUGGAGUGAUUCAUUCAUUGUUUUGAUAGUAAUAUAUAGGGACAGAAAAAUAUUGGUAAAGUUACGUCUUCAUGUUGGAAAAAGAUUUUGACGUUUAAGUCAUUUAUAUGUCAUGAAGGUAACUAAUAUCAAGUAUUUAGUCUGUUGUAAGUCAUUUUACUUUAGGCCGUUACAUGUUACAUUGAGUUUAUCUCUCAGUAUAUGUCAGUAAUUAAUUUCCUUUUUUAACAUUGAGUUGUUUGCAUUGCAUGCGUUUGAUACAGCUCGUGACAUUUGAUACGUUACAUUAAAUUAGUGGCAUUACAUUGGGUUUAUCCUUUACAUGUAUUUCCUCUAUUUUCAUUGAUGAGUCGGAGAUAUUACAUUGAGUGUGACACGUACGUUACAUUUAAUUCUUGACGUUACAUUUAAUUCAGUUUAUCAAAUACAGAUCAAGAUCGUCUCGUUACAUUGAAUUUGUAAAUUGAUUACCUGGAAACACAAAAAAGUGAAUUCCAUAAUAAAGUAUAUAUGUUAACACAUUCCACAAUUACGUCAUUCGAGAGUUUUUGUUUGUUCUGUCGUUGAUAUAGAUUUAAGAUUCUUUCACAAUAUUAAUGGUGGAUUUGUGUCAUGAUAUCGCUUUCAACCCUAAUAAUGUUCUUAAAAUGUUAAAAUUAUUUUAAAGCUAUUUACAUUUUAAAGCGGUCUUCAGCUUUUCGUAAGGUGAAAUAUGUUAUUUUUAGAUAAAUCGUUUCAUAAUAAUUAUUGUCAAAUCAAAAGAAUUUAGUUAUGAAAUGAUAUUUGUCGUCGAUUAUAUACAUAAACAAUAAAAAAAACCUGGAUACCUAUAAUCUACCGUUCCGCUCUCUAUAUGUAAAUUAGUAAAGCGGAUGAUUCUUUUCCCAAUCUUCUUUUUUUAGAAACGAACGUCAUUGGUGCGCUAUAAAUAUCUCUCGGGCGCUGUUUUGAAGCUAAAGGCCGCUUUAAGCAAUUGCAUUUGUAAAAUGGGUCCAAUUGUUUAUUCAUAUCAUCAGUAUAUGCUGUUAAAAUUAAUCUGAUCAGAUAUUUGAACAAAUGAUGUACAAUUCACAAAAUCUCAAGAUAAAAUGUAUGUGCGCUUACAUUAUACUAGUAUAUAAAUUUGAUAUACAAAAGGUUGUGUAAUGUCCGUUUUGUAAAUGGUGUUUACCAUGAAGAAAACCAUUACUUUUGAUACGCAAGUAUGGUCAGUAAAAGUCCGAGUUAUCUCCCUUAACUGUUUUCAAUGAACGGGGAAUAGAAGUUAUAUUUGUUGGCUACUAGAAUUGUUUUGUAUUUGUUGUGUCAAUUAUCGAGAGUUUUAUCACCUGUCGUGAAAUGACUCGUUAAAUUUUUGUUUAAUUGCAGUAACAAACGAGAACACGUCAUGUAUUCUUAUAAGUAUUGUUUACUUUUUCUUCUGUUUUUGUAUGCAAAUCAUAAUAAUUUCAGAAGAGAUUAUUUCCUUGUUUUGGUUUAUUUAUGUGUAAUUAGACAUACAAAUCAUUGUGAUUAUAGAGAUAAACUCAAAUCUAAUUUGUCUUUGAUUGGCAUAAUCAAAAUUUUAUUUAACUUCUCCUCUGAGAGUAUUGUUUGUUUGCAUGGUUUUCUUAAUGUAAGUUAUUUUACAUUAAUAUGAUGGCCAUGUGAAGUGAUGUAUUGAAACUGUUUUUAUACUCUAUAAUGAUAGAUAAAGUCAUUAAUAGUUAUUGUUUUAAAUGCUGGUAAUGUAUGCUGUUUGUUUUGCAUGUUAUAGAAAUUGCAUGUUAUUUUCAGUCAUUUUACUUAAUUUAAUAAAAUGUUAUGUCAUAAUACAAAAAUAAGGACUCUGACAAAUAUUUUGCAUCGGGAAUUUAUAUAUUCCUAUGGCAAAAAUUACCAAGGCGAUUUAUGAAAUCUUUACAUUCCUUGAAACUGAGAGUGAAAAGUAAUUAAUAUAUUUGUCAUUAAUUUCAUGAAUCAAACUCAUGAUAUAUUCGGUCGUUAAUUACAGAACACUUGAAUAUUUCUGAUCGACCUUUGUUAAGUUAUAUAUUUUUUCAAAUAUAUACAUGGCUAAAAACGAAAAUGCCGUGUAUUAUGAUAAAUUUUAUUCAGGUGCGUGCGAUUUCUUUUUCAUCCUUUUGAACGGAGGAAUCAAUAUAAUGUUCAUUCGCAAUAAACAUUAGAUAAAUGUAGAUAUUAUUAACAGAUAGGUCCUUAUAUGUGUACAAAUCUGCUUCUACAAAUCCUUUUUCAUCUAUAAAUAUAUUUCAUAGUACAUGUCUCACACACUUGUCAUAUUAAUGCAUGUAUCUUUUUGUCAGUCUAUACCCUAGGUGUUUUCAUUCUAUUUUCUAGUGUUGGCAAUAUGUGCUAUAAUUUAUUGUAAACAAAGAAAGAAAUGACGUAUACAUGCAAUAAUGCCCUGAAUAUCAGAACAUUAGCAUUAAUUUCUUAAGAAUUUUAUUAUCAAAGAAACAUGUUAUUCUAGACCAACAGUGUAAAGAAAACUGGAAUAAUACUGGAAUACGUAUGAAUAGUAGACCAUUCAAAACUUGAUAACAUAAACACAAAAUUUGAUUGAUCAACGUUUUAACCAAAAGGUAUUAAAAUAUCAAUUUGUUGUCUUGUUGUUGAUUUUUGUUUUGAUUUUUUCAGUUAUAGAGAAAUAGUAACAAGUAUUACAUGUUACCAAUACUAGAAUUUAAACAAUUUAUCUGUGAUUUUUGUUAUUCAAUUUCAAAUGUAAAAUUCUUAAGCGAUGUAUUUGUUUUAUUUUUUAUCAAACUAUUUAUAAAUUUGCUUCAAUGACCAAUAAAAUAAUAUUAAUGAA